AUGCCCGAUCAAAUCCUCCUCGCCGAUCUCUCUACUAAAUCUGUGACGUUGACGCCUCUCCGCGCGACGGUGACGCGUGAUAUUCAUGCUUGUAUCAAGCCCAACCAAACAGACCUCACAAUCAUCGGCCUCGACCCCCGAGUCGACACAAACUCCAUCCGCAUCCAGGGCUCCGGCCCCGCCACAAUAACCGAUAUCCAGACGGGCGUGGUACCCCGCACCGAUGACUCCCCUGAUCUAUCAGACAGUGACAGCUCCUCGUCAUUAUCGUCGGAUGAGUCUGACAGCGACGAUAUCGAUGAGAAGGAGAGCGAGGCGUCGAGAAAGCUAGACGAGGAUAUCGUGCGUCUGGAGGCUAGUCUGGCCCGCGCGCGCGCCCUCAAGCGCGUUGGCCCCUCUGUUAUGAAUAUGCUGGAUGAGUAUGGGAAGCGGCUGGCGCCGGAGACUGCGGCGACGGAGCAGGUGGGGCGCUUUCUGGCGCUGUAUGAGGAGCAGUCGCUGUUGCAGGUGGAGAAGCAUUGUGAGGGGGAGGCAGCGGAGGGGAGGGCGGAGAGGGAGCUGAUGCGGCUGAGGGGGAAGAGGGAGAAGAUCCGGAAGAGGAUGCUGAAGGGGAGGAAGAGCGCUGCGAAGGAGAAGAAGAAGCGACGGGCGAGGAAGGAGAGUUUGAGGGCGCAGAGGGCAAGGCAGAGGGCGUUUCAGGCGGAGAAGAAACGCGCGUUUUGGACGGAUCGGGUGCGAAAGGUUGUUGUUUCGCUUGAUCGGCAUGUUGUGCCUUUGAGAUCGCGUGCCUCGUCGACGACGACUACGUCGACGACCGCGACUGCUACAGACAAGGCCGAUAAAGAUAUGGAGAUAUCGCUGCAGCUGAGCUAUGUGGUCGAUCUGGCGAAGUGGUCGCCGCGGUACGAGCUGAGUAUCGACACGCCAAAGUCGACUGCCCGGCUGACGUAUCGCGCGGAGUUUGUCAACGCCACUGCUGAGACGUGGAAGGAUGCCCACGUCACGCUGUCGACUUCACAGGCGGCAUUCUCCAGACCCGAUGAGCCUCUCCCCGCGCUCGUUCCCUGGCAGGUCAAGUUGCAGGAGGCAGCCGGUGAUGCGAGCAGCAACCACAAACACCCCUCGUGGGACCGUAUGCUGCGCAGCUCGGCAGAGGACCCGUUUAGUGUCAAAUCGGGAAACCCAUUCCAACCCUUGUUCAGCAUGGCCCGACAGGGGCAGCAGCAGAUGCUUGCCAGUCAAUCCCAGCAGCAACUCCAGCAACAGGCCCAGCAACAGGCCCGGCAACAGGCCCAGCAAAAGGCCCAGCAACAGGUGUCUGGGGCGUUAUUUUCGUGCACCCCCCAGGCAGCCCCGCAAGGACCAACCGGGGGGGGCUUGUUCGGGAUGAGCAGCGGAGCCUCCGGUUCUCCAGCUUCUCGUGCAGCUCCUCCUCCACCUACUGCUGGGGCUGCAGCUCCCCCAGCAAACACGAUACCAUCUCCAACCGCACAAUCCUUAACAGACCCGAACAUCCUAGACGACGACAACCCCACCACCCUAGACCACCAAGACAGCAUCAAGAACGAAAUCGGUCUAACAACAACGUACGACCUCCCCGGCCGACGCACGCUCGCACCAAGCACCAUACCCCGCCGCCACGUCCUCGCCGACCUAGAGCUCAAAAACGUGCAGCUCUCGCACCUCGUCGUGCCCAAGCACCGCGCCGCGGCGUUCCUGCGCGCGCGCAUCCAAAACACCAGCGCCGUGACGCUGCUGCGCGGCCCCGUCGGUAUGGCUGUUGAUGCGACCUUUAUCGGAACGUCCAGCGUCCCGCCUACCACGCCGGGGGAGUACUUUGGCGUGUCGAUGGGGAUUGACCCCGACGUUGUGGUGCGGUACUCCCCGCCGAAGGUAAAGCGGCUGGGUGCCUCGUCGGUGUUCUUCGCGAAGGAUGAGAUGGCACUGUUUACGCGUGUCUGUGUGCUGAAGAAUGCGAAGCCCACAGCUGUGGAGGUUACUCUGCUGGAGCAGGUGCCGGUUAGUGAGGACGAGAGGCUCAAGGUACGGGUAGUGAAGCCGUCGGGGCUGGAGAAGGAGGGGGAUAAGACGACGGUGGAGAUGGAUGCUUCGUCUGGGAGUGGGGGCGUGUCAUUGGGGAAGAAUGGCGAGGUGCGGUUCGUGGUGAAGCUGCGGCCGGGGAAGGAGGUCAAGUUGAUGUUGGAGUAUGAGGCGAGUGCACCUAGUGGGAGCGAGGUGGGGAGCUGA